AUGCUUGAGACAUAUAACAAUCUGCUGUCUGUGGCAGGGUACCACAUAACAAAACCUGAUGUGAUCUUCAAAUUGGAACAAGAAUCAGUACCAUGGACUGUGGAAAAAUCUAUACACCAGCAGGUUCCAGAUCCUUACAGAAAGAAUGAGCUGCUUGGAACUAAUCCAGAAAAUCAAGAAACCACUUUCAGGGAGCCUGACGAAAUGUCACUUGGGAAAAAGCAAGCCUCUAAUGUUCCUGAGAACCAACUCCAAUGUGGGGAAAAUAUCAGUGAGCAUGACAAGAUAUACACUUGUAAAAAGUCUUUUGAACACAAUAGGAAAGAAAAUACUUUCAGCAGGAAGAUAUUCUUUAAGUGUCAGAAAACUCAUAUCAAAGACCCAUGUAAUUGCCCUGUGAUUGUAGGAGAAACAAUUCAGUUUGACAAGAAAAUGUUCCAUAGCAAUCCUUAUGUUGGCAAGCAUCAACAAACACACUCAGAGAAGAAACUCCAUGAACCUUUCAAGAAUGAGAAUUGUCCUAUUUAUAAAAGAGAUGUUAAAAUAAAUCACAUAAUACAAACAGCAAAAAGUCACUAUAUAUGUGGCUACUGCAAACAGUCUUUUACCUGUAAUUCUAGGUUUACCACCAAACAGAGAAGUGAUAUAGGAGAAAAUUUCCAUGUGUGCAAUGAAUGUAAGAAAAACAUUUACCAGAAGUCAGAAUUCACUAGAAAUAAGAUACUUCCCAAUAAAGAGAAACCAUAUGAAUGUAAUGACCUUGUAAAAUCCUUUAGUGCUCAAUCAAGUCUCCUUACACAUCAGAGAAUUCACACAAGGAGAAAACCUUAUAAGUGUAGUGAGUGUGGAAAAGCCUUUUGCAAGCCAUCACUUCUCCUUACACAUCAAAGAACUCACACAGGGGAGAAACCUUACAAUUGUAAUGAAUGUGGGAAAGCUUAUUGUCAGAAGUCAUCCCUAAUCAUGCAUCAGAGAAUCCACACAGGUGAAAAACCUUAUAAGUGUAGUGAGUGUGGACAAGCUUUUUGUCAGAAGUCACACCUAAUCAUGCAUGAGAGAAUCCACACAGGAGAGAAACCUUAUAAAUGUGAGUGUGGAAAAGCCUUUUGCAAGCCAUCAGUUCUCAUUAAACAUCAGAGAACUCACACAGGGGAAAAACCUUACAAAUGUAGUGAGUGUGAAAAAACUUUUUUUCAGAAGUCAUCCCUAAUCAUACAUCAGAGAAUCCAUACAGGAGAAAAACCUUAUAAGUGUAUUGAGUGUGCAAAAGCUUUUUGUCGAAAGUCACACCUAAUCAUUCAUCAGAGAAUCCACACAGGGGAAAAACCUUAUAAGUGUAAUGAGUGUGGAAAAGCAUUUUGCCAGCAUUCUGGUCUCAUUGUGCAUCAGAGAAUUCACACAGGGGAAAAACCUUAUAAAUGUGGUGAGUGUGCAAAAGCUUUUGGUCAAAAGGCAUCCCUAAUUGCACAUCAGAGAAUCCACACAGGGGAAAAAGCUUAUGAAUGUAUUGAGUGUGGGAAAGCAUUUUGCCAACAGUCAAGUCUCAUUGUACAUAAGAGAAUUCACAAAAGGGAAAAACCUCAUAAAUGUAGUGAGUGUGGAAAAGGCUUUUACCAGCAUUCAGAUUUCAUUAAGCAUCAGAGAAUUCACACAGGGGAAAAGCCUUAUGAAUGUAUUGAGUGUGGGAAAGCUUUUUAUCACAAGUCACGCCUACGCACACAUCUGAGAAUUCACACAGGGGAAAAACCUUAUAAGUGUAGUGAGUGUGGAAAAGCUUUUUGCCAGCAGUCCGGUCUCAUUGUACAUCAAAGAAUUCACACAGGGGAAAAACCUCAUAAAUGUAGUGAGUGUGCAAAAGCUUUUGGUCAAAAGGCAUCCCUAAUUGCACAUCAGAGAAUCCACACAGGGGAAAAGCCUUAUGAAUGUAUUGAGUGUGGGAAAGCAUUUUGCCAUAAAAAAGACCUAAACAAUCAUCACAGAGUUCACACAAGGGAAAAACUUUUUCAGUAUGAUGAGUAUGGAAAAUCUUUUUGCUAGGAGACAAUUAUUGCAUAAUCUAAGUCACAUGACUGAAGAAGUGUUUAAAAACUCAUAGAAAAAAAACAAUGAUUGCAAUAGAAAGCAAAAACUGACAUGGGUUUGCAGUUGAGUAACAUAUCCAUAGGAAGGAGUAAGAACUAUCCUAUUGACUAUAAAAAUCAUUGUUCUGAAGUCAAUCCUCUGCAGAUCCUACGAAGUUCAGAAAAACAACAAUAUGUAAACAGAAAAAGUAGCUACAAUAAAUCUAUCACAGUCAAAUCUUAUAAAGUCCCAAACAAGCAUUAGUAAGAUUACAGAUAGAACACAUUAUAAAAUUGCAGUAAGAUGUGCAAAAUAAUAAACAUGAGGUGUGUCACAUUUCAGAACAAGGCUAUGUUUUGCUAAAAUAUUUGAGAUGGAAUCUGCUUGAUCUCAUUUUGUUGUAAAUAAGUUCUGCUUUCAUUUUUUAAUUUUGAAAAUAAAUAUUCUGCGUAUAACACUUGUUUUGAAUUUCAUAUAGCAUUUAUGCAGUUAUCUAGUAUAGCUUUUUUUACAGUGUUAAUUUGCCAAUAUUCUAUUACAGAGCAAUAUGGAACUCACAAGUGUCAACUGAUGCAUGUGGCAAUUGUAGUGCUAAUCACCCUAUUUUGCAGGACUGGUGUUUUGUUCAGAACGAGGAGUGAUUCAUUUGUGACAUCUGGCAAAUUGGAUCACUUUUGGCCCUUGUCUAAUCAUUGUAUACUUUUAGAGGUAUAUGCAAGUGUCAUAAGGAUUGUUUGGCAUCUGGUUUGGGGAUGUGGUAAUUGCCACUGGGUUUUAAGUAUCAGCUGCCAUAACUACUGCUCACGUUCUCACUGAUUUCAUGCACAAUGGCUUCCCAAAGCAAGUUUCUU